AAAAUGUAUCAAAAUAAUUCAUGUUACUAAAUAGAAAAAUAACAAUUUAUCCCUAAUAACGCACGAAUUGACUCUGCCAGUCCACCUUGAAAUUUGUAUCGCAUGAAAGUUUAUGGAAUAGUACAAUUUUCUCAUUUCACGUUGAUGUGUCUCAUAGACUGGUCCAAAACAGUACGCAAACAUGAUUCCAAACAAAUCAUCACUUCUAAUUGUGAUACUUUGUUUCUAUUGUGUUAAAUCCAGUGUUUUUAAGAGAGCCAUAACGACGUACGACACAACAUAUGAUAAUAUCGAUGUAAAACGCAUCGUUGAGAGCAAGAGGUUGCUGUUAAAUUAUGCAAAUUGUUUGUUGGAUAAAGGUCCAUGCACUCCAGAGGGCAAUAUGUUGAAGACGUAUCUACCUGACGCGAUGCAGACAAAUUGUGCGAAAUGUACGGACAAGCAAAAAGAAAUCAGCGGGACGAUCAUUGGACAUUUGGUGCAUAAUUAUAAAGACUUGUACGAACAGCUUUUGCAAAAGUACGAUCCGGAUGGCAGCUUUAGACGACAAAUGGAAGGCGGUGGUGAGGACGAUGAAGAUGAAGAUGACGAACAAAACAAAUAAAAACUAUGAAUCAGGUUAGCAUGCGUCAAUUUACAUUUGGACACCCACUCUGACAUUUUAAGUACUCUGUUAGCUUUGUUUUUAAAUUUAUGUAGUGAUAAAAAUGCGAAAACAAAGUUUUAUGGGUACAACGUUGAAUUAAUUAUAUGUAAUUGAUUUAAUUAUUUGUAAUUAUAUGUAUUAUAUUGUACCAUUGACGCUUUCGUGAAAAUGUGUUUACUUAUAACACUUAUACUUUAUUAGUUUUUAAGCGACAUCGCCUUUUAUGUAAUUUAUGCGUUUACCUCAUUUACCUCAUUAAAUGCAUGGUGAUCGGAUCACGCUCACGAUACAGUGUAAUAAUGUAGUAACAAUAUGCACGAAUCUUCAAUCACACACCUGCUUAUUAAAUAAUUUUAAUUUGAGGUCAAUUAUUGAAAAAUUUACAUUUAAAGUUGUCAUUAGCACUAUCAUUAACUCAUUCAAAGACUACAACACUCUAAAGUAAUAGUAUCACAUAUAUUGAAUGUAUCAAAUAAAAAAUUUUAACUUUAAA